UCCGUCUCUCUCUAGCUUUGUCUGUUCUCAGUUCUCGCUCUGCUUCUUUUGUCUCCCGUACCGAUCCUUAAACACUAAUCAAGAAAAAAAAAGGUGAUGUAUAUGCUGAUCGCCUAGUACAGAAAAAAGUUUUUGUACCUACUAAGACCACAAUGUCGAAGAAUCCCUCAGUUUUUCUCCUGAUUACGUUAAUUAUGCUCCUCGUAUGUUCCUCUGCUUCAGCGGCACCUGCUGCCAAGAUUGUUGGUGGGGUUGUUACCAAUGUCGCCUCUGCUCUUUUCAAAUGGCUGUGGUCGCUCAAAUCUACGACGACGAAACCAGCUGUUUCGACCCGUUCAAUGAUGAAAUUUGAGAGUGGAUACACUGUGGAGACUGUGUUUGAUGGAAGCAAGCUAGGAAUUGAACCAUUCUCUGUUGAGGUUUCCCCAGCUGGGGAGGUCUUAAUUUUGGAUUAUGAGAACAGUAACAUCUAUAAAACCUCAAUGCCGCUUUCGCGCUAUAGCCGGCCCAAGUUGGUAGCUGGAUCGACUGAAGGAUACUCGGGGCAUGUGGAUGGGAAGCUAAGAGACGCGAGGAUGAACCAUCCAAAAGGGUUCGCAGUGGAUGAUGGUGGAAAUAUAUAUGUUGCGGAUACCAUGAAUAUGGCAAUCAGAAAAAUCAGUGACACCGGAGUUGUAACGAUUGCAGGAGGUGGGAAGUGGGCUAGAGGUGGGGGCCAUAUCGACGGGCCAAGUGAAGAUGCAAAGUUUUCGAACGACUUUGAUGUGGUCUAUGUUGGAAGCAGUUGCUCGCUUUUGGUUAUAGACCGAGGGAACCAGGCGAUUCGAGAGAUACAGCUCCACGAGGACGAUUGUUCUAGUUAUAACCAGGACGAUGACAGCAAUAUCCAUCUAGGCACAGCACUGCUUGUGGCAGCUGGUUUCUUCGGUUACAUGCUCGCAUUGUUACAACGUAGAAUUGGAGCCAUGUUUUCUUCUGACAGAGAUCCCCGAACACCUCCCCGAGGCAUGCCCCCAGCACCAUAUCAGCUAAAUGCUAUGCCCGUAAGGCCUCCCUUAAUCCCACCCGAGGAUGAAUAUGAGAAACCCGAAGAAAAUCUAUUCGUUUCGAUAGGGAGGCUCUUUGCCUACACCAGCUCGUCUGUUUUCGAAAUCUUUGGAGGCCUAUUCUCGGGGUUUAGAAAAAAGCCUUAUCCCCAUCAUCACAAUUACCCUUACCCUCACAAGCAACCAAACCCGUGGUCUAUGCAAGAGAGCUACGUUAUCCCCCGCGAAGAUGAGCCCCCGCCCUUAGAACCCCGAGACCCUGCCCCAAGAAAACCAUACCCUUAUGUGCCUAAAGACCUCGAGAGGACUCGGCACUUCAAGCAAAGCCGGUCCAACAACUACGGUGGAUGGACCGGGGAGUUCCAACAACCGCCCCCCCAGCUCCAACAACUGCAUCACCAGAAGCAUCACUCCUCGAGCCCCCAGACUUUCAUCGAGCAAAGCUGCGAGACUAAUGAGAUCGUGUUCGGGGCAGUCCAGGAGCAGGAUGGGCGCCGCGAAGCCAUGGUCAUCAAGGCAGUCGAUUACGCUGACCCUGCUUACAACCAUUACAACAUCCGAUCCAGGUACAACUACUCUCAUGGUUAUUGAACAACUCUCCCCUAAAACGAUAGAAAUCCCGGGAAUGUGUAGUAGACAGGACGAUAACAAUAUGAAACCGGUUUCUUACCUUAAUGUCUGCUACUUGGUUCAUGUAACAUAUGUGAUGGUGAAAUUCAUAUGAUAUAAUUAAGUUUUUCAAAUUG